GUCGAGACAAUGACUAUAGUAUUAACUUACUACUAGACGUGACGAGUCAUGUUCAACUCAAUUAGUAUACCGGUUGUCGGUCAUGUGGUUAUCACCAAUCCUGCUGACAUCAGUCUGACGGAAUGUCAUUGGACACAACUGUAGUUCCUUUCGAGGAGCUCCAACUCGCUGAAGUUUGAACUCUAUAGUAACACGGUAUAUAAGGGGAGGGAGUCCAUGUCGGAGGGGGUUUAUCCACGUUUCAUGCUUGACCGUUAUCCUUGGAAAUAUCAUGGCCGGCAUGAUUGGUCCGGUUGUUGAUUUAUUUAGAAACCAAAGUCGUGGCACGUGUGACCUGAACAACGAACACAUAACGCAGGAGGGAACCAGCGGUCGAGUCCAGGGUCAGUUUGUUUUACUUGACUGCUACACCGCAUCGUCGAUCCCCUAGUACCACUACUAUUCACCCAACCACCAGGAUAGACAGCCAAAGCAAACAUGGCAAAUGGUUUCUCCCCCCUAGCAAUUCCAACCCCAGUGGAAACCACAGCCAAAUUCACCCUCCCUCUAGACAUUCUCCUUCCACUCCUCCUCUUCCCAACCAUUUUUCUAGUCCACCACAUCCGAAAAGACUACCAUGCCUACAUAGCCCUAGGCCCUGGCGGAGUACCCUCAACUCCAGCAGGGUACCUCCAAAUCUGUAUCCUGCGGCCCUUUGCCGUCCGGGAUCCCCUCACACCUCCCUCCCUCCCAUGUACUCUCCUCCCCCAAGAAGGCUAUCUCAAAAGCCGCAACCUGCCAGACCGCUCCGGGCCACGUCCGCAAGUAGUCGGUAUCGUACCACAUCGACAAACGACCCAGAAGGCGAGUGCAGAAAUGUACGCAGCGCUGACGAAGGAGAUACACGGCCUCGUCAAUGCUCACCCUUCCGUGCUAUACACAGGAACGUCAUGCUUCGAGAAACAUAGUACAGGGAUCUUCUGUAGGCUUGGCCCGGCUGCGUUGUCACAUCAAGAGCAGGAGCAGCAACGGAAGCGGCUCACUUGUAACGGGGAGGUCUGUCAUGCGCAUCCGAUUGACGGAAGCUUGCAUCUCACACUACACCCGGCGGAUGUGCGGCUUGUCUUGGAGAAAAGUUGGGGGCAGAGGCACCCGAUUGCUCGAGAAGAUUGGUGGUGGUGGAGGCGCUCCGUGCCAUCUGGGUUUGUCAUGAUCUAUGCGCCGAGGAAUGAAGAAGAACGGAGAUGUGUAGUGGAGAUCAUUCGCGCUGCAGCAUGGUGGGUGCGAGGGGAAGCAUUGCCUGAAUAUUCGCCGGAGUAACGUAUACUUAUCUGGGGAGACGGGCAUCUGUCCAUAAGAAUGAUGGUGGCAACGGCCAAGCAGGCUUUUCACGGGCAAGCGUUUGCGAUGUUUGUUUGACGAGCAUUGGCGGUGUAGGUAAACGGAGACCAUAUCCUAGUAGAUAGAUCCAGUUGGAUGAUAGUAAGACUUUACAGGCCACAAA